AUGGCGAACAAGGGCUCGGAUUCGAGUCACGAGCAAGCUUCUCUUAGUUACCGUAAGAGCAUCGAAAUCAAAGCCACGCAGGAUCAAUUUUUCGUUUGGAGAGAGUUUCUAUGGGGAGGAAUAGCUGGAGCUUUUGGAGAAGGAAUGAUGCAUCCCGUUGAUACCCUCAAAACUAGACUUCAGAGUCAAAUUAUUAUGAAUGCAAGUCAGAGACAAAAGAGCAUUCCACAAAUGCUCAGGACUGUCUGGGUUGGUGAUGGAUUAAGAGGCUUUUAUAGGGGAAUUGCUCCUGGAAUCACUGGAUCUCUUGCUACUGGAGCAACCUACUUUGGUUUUAUUGAGUCCACAAAGAAAUGGAUUGAAGAGUCUCAUCCCAACUUAGGGGGGCACUGGGUACAUUUUAUAGCAGGAGCUAUUGGUGAUACACUUGGUUCUUUCGUAUAUGUUCCUUGUGAAGUAAUAAAGCAGCGGAUGCAAGUUCAAGGCACUAGUAGCUCCUGGAGCUCUUUCAUUUCUAGGAAUAGCGUUCCAGUGAAACCAAGAGGUGACAUGUAUGGUUAUUAUACUGGAAUGUUCCAGGCUGGAAGCUCAAUAUGGAAAGAGCAAGGACCAAAAGGACUGUAUGCUGGAUAUUGGUCUACACUUGCAAGGGAUGUACCUUUUGCUGGUCUUAUGGUAAUGUUUUAUGAAGCAUUAAAGGAUCUCUCAGAUCAAGGGAAGAAAAAGUUUCCACAAUAUGGAGUCAACAGUUCUAUCGAGGGGCUCGUAUUGGGAGGAUUAGCUGGUGGACUAAGCGCUUAUCUCACAACUCCUCUGGAUGUUGUAAAAACAAGACUGCAAGUGCAAGGAUCAACGAUCAAGUACAAGGGAUGGUUGGAUGCAGUUGGGCAGAUAUUAAGGAAGGAAGGUCCGGAAGGUUUUUUCCGAGGAAGCGUCCCGAGGGUCAUGUGGUAUCUUCCGGCUUCUGCACUCACCUUCAUGGCCGUUGAAUUCCUUAGAGAUAAUUUCAGAGAAAAGGGAAAAGUCUCAAACUUGAGCAUAGAGAGGAAAACAUCUUCUUCAGUACAUGAGGUUAGUGACAACUAG